AACAUAACUAGCAGCAGUCUGCGUUAUUUUAGAAACCGCUUGCAAGCCAUCUGCACAUAGAAGCUUUGGGAUUUGGAUCCUCAGAACGAGGUUGUCCCAUCACAUUGGAACAGAACACUAUUGGGACUCUGGCUGCCCCCGGCCCCCCCCAGCACGCGCUGACGCAGACGGGAGGACCGGAGAAUGGCCACCGACACGCUGCCCGAACCGGGCAGGCUGGACCGCAGCGGGAGCUUCUUCAAGCUGAUCGACACGUUCGCCCUGGAGAUCGGAGAACUGAAGCAGGAGAUGGUGCAGACGGCCGCGCCCUCGGAGAGAGGUCCGGACGCCGAGGUGCUGCAGGGGUUGGAGGGAGAGGUGAGCGGCGUGUACCUGCAGUCCCCCCCCUGCACGGGGUCGUCGGGAGCGAGGGAUUCUGGGUACGACUCUCUGCGCAGACGCAUGAGUGUGCUGGACCGGCUGACGCAGACGCACCCCGUCUGGCUGCUGCUGUCGCUUAGCGACGAGGAGGCCGCGCGGAUCCUGCUGCAGAGACCCGCCGGGGAUGUUCUUGGUGAGGAAGUCAUCCAACUGCAGAGGAAGGUGCUGUCCUGCGUGUGGAGGAUGGGUCUGGACCACCAGUCUGUGACUUCCCAGAAGGAGAGCCAGUACACGUUUUCUCUGGAAGGUUCCGGAAUCAGCUUUGCCGAUCUCUUCCGCCUGGUGGCCUUCUACUGCAUCAGCAGGGACGUCCUGCCCUUCACUCUGAGGAUUCCGGAGGCCAUUGCCGCGGCGAAGACCCAGACGGACCUGGAGGAGGUGGCCCAGCUCGGAGCCGGGUUUUGGGACUCCCCCCUGUGUGCCCAGAGGAAGAGUUCGGGGUCUCUGUCCCGCACGGCGGUGCAGGGCAGCGUCCAGCUGAGACGCCAGCCGCCCCCGCCUCCAAAAAGCGCCCCCACGUCCCCUCGGCCCCGCACUCCGUCCCAGUCCAGCGGGGCGCUCUGCUUCGUGAACCCCCUGUUCCUGCAGGCCCACCGCGGCGAGGGGGACCCGGCCGGGGCCUCCCACCUCGGGCCCGAUCCGCCGGGGUCGCCCGUCCCAGCCGCCGUCACCGUCGCCCCCGGCAACGGCAGGAAGCUGCGCUCCCCUCCGCCCCGCCCCCCGCCCCCCCGCACUCUGCCCCGCAGGCCCGCCCCCCCGCCCAAACAGAGGAGCAUGCCGGAGACCACCAGCUGGGCCAGGCACCAGCCCCAAAACCAGCAGCACCAGCCACAACCGCUACAGCACCAGCCACAGCCGCAACGGGGCGUCAUGGGCUCCAAGCUCAGCGGCCACUCCUCCUCCUCCUCCUCCUCCUCUUCCUCCCCGCCCAAAAAGGUGAGCGCGCCCAUCCCCGUGCCCCCGCCCCGCGUGAAGAAGCAGCUGAGCGCCCCGGACCUGGACGGGCACCGCUGCCGCAUCGCGCUGGAGGACCAGACCAUCGAGAAGGCCCUGUCCCGCAGCCGAGCCAAGGUGCUCCGCAGGACCCCUGCCCUGGAGGGGGGCAGCCCCGAGGAGGAGGGCCGGGGCGGCCAGAGGCUGAGCGACAUGAGCAUCUCCACCUCCUCCUCCGACUCGCUGGAUUUCGCCCACUCCUUCCCCCUGCCGGGGCCCAGCCCGCCGCGGGCCAACAGUAGCGACGAGGAAGACGAGGAGGAGGAGGAGGACUACGGCGUGAGCGUGGAGAGCGACCAGGAGGGCCUGCACCCGCCGCCGCGCUCCUUCAAGAAGCGCCACAGCGGGGCGGGCGUGGGCGGCGGGGGCCCGGCCUUCAUCCUGCCGCAGGCCCUCAAGGGCCACUUCCGCAAGAUGAGCGGCGUCUUCAACUCCUUCAUGACGCCGGAGCGGCGGGCGGUGAAGCGCAUCGCCGAGCUGUCGCGGGACAAGGGCUCGUACUUCGGCUGCCUGGUGCAGGACUACGUCAGCUUCCUGCAGGAGAACCGCAGCGGACACACCUCCGGCCUGGACCUCCUGCAGACCCUGCGCCAGUUCAUGACCCAGAUGAAGGCCUACCUCUGCCAGAGCUCCGAGCUCGACCCGCCCAUCGAGUCGCUCAUCCCCGAGGACCAGAUCGACCAGGUCCUGGAGAAGGCCAUGCACAAGUGCGUGCUGAAGCCCCUGAAGGGCGUGGUGGACGCCGCCCUGCAGGACUUCCAGGUGAGCAGCGGGGCGUGGCAGCAGCUGAGGGAGAACCUGGCCCUGGCCAAGGCCAAGCGGCCCCAGGAGCUGGGCGUGGACGGGGCCCUGCCCCCCGACCCCGUCGCCAUCGAGAAGAUCCGCCACAAGUUCCACAACAUGCGCAAGAUGUACUCGCCCGAGAAGAAGGUGUCUCUGCUGCUGCGCGUGUGCAAGCUCAUCUACACCAUCAUGGAGGACAACUCAGGGAGGAUGUACGGGGCGGAUGACUUCCUGCCGAUGCUUACCUAUGUCCUGGCGCAGUGCGACAUGCCCCAGCUGGACGCUGAGAUACAGUACAUGAUGGAGCUGCUCGACCCGUCUCUGCUGCACGGAGAAGGUGGGUACUACCUGACGAGCGCGUACGGUGCCAUGUCGCUGAUAAAGAACUUCCAGGAGGAGCAGGCCGCCCGCGUGCUGAGCUCGGAGGCCAGGAACACGCUGCACCAGUGGCACCGGCGACGCACCGCGCAGCGAAACAUCCCCUCGGUCGACGACUUCCAGAACUACCUGCGCGUGGCUCUACAGGAGGUGGACAGUGGCUGCACAGCUAAGACCCUGCUGGUGCAGCCCUACUCCACCACGGAGGAGGUGUGUCUGACCUGUGCCCACAAGUUCAAGGUGGCCGACCCGGAGAACCACGCCCUGUUCCUCCUGACGGAGGGGACGAGCCAGCAGCUGGCCCCCGACACGCACCCGCAGAAGAUCAAAGCCGAGAUCCACAGCCGACCGCACUCCCAGCCCUUCCACUUCGUCUACCGCAGGGUCGCCAACCUCAACCUGAACACGACCGCCGACCAGCAGAACGGCAACCUCCUUCCCAACUGACGCGCAGAACGCUUA